AUGGUUGACAUCGCUGAUCUCGAGGUCUGGGACUUUGUCGACCUUGAUAAUGAUUUUGAUGCCAUCCCUACGGCCAACCAAGUACAACCACCCGUGCCUGUAGUGGAGCCUACUGCCCAUGCCUUUGACGUUGCCUUUGCCGAUGUUGUUGCUAUUGCCAACGGUGUGCCAGAGGUGGAGCCAGCAGCCCAUGACUUUGUCCUUGCCAAUGUUGUGCCAGCCAAUGCCGUUGCCUUUGCCGAUGUCGUGCCAAUGGUGGAGCCUGCUGCCAAUGCCGUUGCCUUUGCCGAUUUUGUUGCUCUUGCCAAUGCCGUGCCAAUGAUGGAGCCUGCUGCCAAUGCCGUUGCCUAUGCCGAUGCUGUUGCUCUGGCCAAUGCUGUUCCAGUGGUGGAGCCAGAAGCCAAUGUCAUUGUUAUUGAUGACGCUGAUGAUAUUGCCCUUGACCUUGCCAACUUUGUGCCAGUUGAGGAGCCAGAAGCCAAUGACAUUGCUAUUGCCGAUGAUGUUGAUAUUGCCAAUGCUGUGCCAAUGGUGGAUCCUGCAGCCAAUGCCGUCGCCAUUGCAAAUGUCGUCGCGAUAUUGCCAUUGCCACCAACAACUCAAUUCAAAGUCGAAUGA